CUCCACUAUCCUAUGCUGUCUGCGGAAAAAUAGCAGUGUUUUAAUAGGUAACCUCAACAUCAAAUCAUCUUCUAAUAGAUCCCUUGUUGCCUUUGCAAACUGGCUCCUCUCGACCAUUUUAGCUAGCUUCCCACGUUUUUCUUUGCACCAACCCUGCCACCUAAUAAGUAAAUAAAUAAUGAAAGCACACAGCCACAAGGCCACGACUUUAAAAAAGAAAAGCAAUCAAAUACAUUCCAGUAGUAUUUCUUGUACUUGCUGAAUGAUACUGUAUUCUGCCCAUAAUAUCUUCCGCCCUCUUUCUUUCUACUACAAGCUCUGUUCAAAACUGACACUUGCCACGGGUUUUGAGAGAUUCUUUGACCUUUGGUUGGCAUUGAUGAUCUCUGCCUUCCAAACCCUUUACAUGAAGAUUAACAAACUGGGUUUUAAAAAUGGAAAACUUGCAAAAAACCCAAGCUGUUGUUGUUGUUACUGGUGGUGAUGAUGUUGAUGUUGAUGCAGUAGAUGGAAGUAGUCACCCCAACAACAAGCAGUCAGUGGGUGAAGAGCAUAUAGGUUCUUCAAGUGAGUCUGGCUCUUGCAGUGAGAUUGUGAAGGAGAGAUCUUCUGUGUCAGUUGUGGAUCUGGAGUGUGGGGCACCAGAGAUAAAGCUACAUUUGGCUAAAGUUGAGAGGGACUGCAGGAUUUGUCAUUUGACCAUGGACGCAGGGAAUCUGGAGUCUGGAGUGCCUUUUGAGUUGGGGUGUUCUUGCAAAGAUGAUUUGGCUGCUGCUCAUAAGCAGUGUGCAGAGGCCUGGUUCAAGAUAAAGGGAAACAAAACCUGUGAGAUUUGUGGAUCAGUUGCACGAAAUGUAACUGGUGCGAAUGAAACUGAGUUGGCAGAGCAGUGGAACCAGGCCACUGAUGGUGCCAUGGCAACCACAACUGGGCCUGUGCAGCCUGCAGAGACCCGAAACUUCUGGCAGGGUCACCAGUUCUUGAAUUUCCUCCUAGCAUGUAUGAUCUUUGCCUUUGUCAUCUCCUGGCUCUUUCACUUCAAUGUACCCUCUUAAUCUUGUAAGAGAUAUUUCUUAUCUCCUGGAUUGGAUGAUGGAAGAUAAGGAAACAAGCAUCAUGGCUCCGAGCACUGCCGCGGGUACCAUCCUGCACCAACCGUGUGAUCUGGAUUCCCAUAAAGUUUUAUGGUUCCCGUGUCUGCUUGUUGUUGAUAGUAGUAUUAAUUAGAGCUUAAACACUGUAAUUCGUGUUGUAUUAUUGUCAUAUUUUUUUCACACGAUCAAGUAGAUUGCCAUCUAAUGUUGUGAGUUUGGUUUUCUUUCAGCAUUUAUAUUACAAUGCUAGUGUUCUCAGCACACCCUCACAACUUGCUUUGCAUUUAGUCUCCGUCCAUCUUGGAUUGCAAAACUUGAAAGCCGUACCAUUCAAGUUCUGUCAGCUGUAAACAAUGCAUCAAUAUCUACUUUUUAAUAUCAUUUUGAGGUUUAUUGUGCCA